AUGUCCCAUCGACUGUCGUCUCUUGGCCCAAGGAAGAAGGAGAGGGAAAGGACGGCACGACUGCACAGCUCUAUUGGCGAUCUGGGAGCGCAGAAGGAAAACAAUCUCAUCGGGCUUCGUAGCCAUCCACCAGAGGCUCUGUCAGGGUUGGAGGCAGCUGUGGUGAGCUGGCAACUGGAGCACAGCCCAGUCCAUGCAGAUCCCUGCCCCAGUGAUGCAGAGGGUCACUUCAACUUGACGUACAGAUGGGUUCUGGCGGAUGUGUCCGCGACCUGCAUGCCCUUCACGGAAGUACAGUUCGUGGGUCUUUCCGACGGUCCAAAGCGUGUUGCGCACUGA